GAACGGAUCGAGCCGGAAAGGAAUGAAGCCAAUGCGGAAGUGUCUUUUAAACUUCCAUUAUUAGGGAGCGACUCCUCUGUUUGCAAAAACAAUGCUGAAUGUAGUGAAGUGUAUUAGAAAAUGACCCUACUUCACACUUGAUUUAUUACUUCAGUAAACAUUGUAAACAUGAGUUUACUGUAUGAUGUUAAUUUAGUAAUUAUGUUAUUAUUAUGGUCCCACUAAAGUAACAUAUAACAUAAAGUAGGGUAUGCUUUAGGGUGGGCUACCUUGUGUUUUAUAUGUUUCGCCAUACUUCACUUCGGUUCACUGGUUGCAAAAAGUUAAAAUGGCGACAGCCGGAAUCCAAGAUGGUGACAGCCUAAACGCUGAACUCGAGGCUUCAAAACGUCGGUCCGCAAAACGAUCGAUGACGACGACGUCCUGUUGUAUACAGUCGGGUCUGAACGGAGCGGUAUGGCGAGCACUAGCAUCAAGCGUACACACUUAAAAAGAGGCUAACUCAGAGUAACAACCGAGAACGAGGAGACGGCAACCCUUCCGUUAUCGUAUCCGGUGUCGCGGCGGGGCUAGAGCCGAAUACGAAGGCGGAAACGGUAACGUGCGUGACGUUAAUGUCGAUCAAAAACAAUGGCAAGUAAAAGCAAAGACAGUGGGGAAGUUAUUACAAACUACCACAAACAGGCCUUUGAGUACGUAUCGAAGGCGUUAAGGAUCGACGAAGCGGACACAGGAGACACAGAGGAGGCUGUGCAGUGGUACAAGAAGGGGAUUUCUGAGCUUGAGAGGGGUAUUGCCAUAGAGAUCACGGGACAAGGGGAGCAAUAUGACAGAGCAAAGAGACUUCAAGAUAAAAUGGUCACCAAUCUCACCAUGGCCAAAGAUAGGCUCACUAUUUUGGAGGCGACAAUGGCAUCUAAGAGGAGUAAUCCACAGAAAACUUCAAGUCUUCCACAACCGAAGCCUGUGCCUAAAAGUCAGCAUGCAGCGCGAGGUGUGUCCACCAACACCAGGCCCUCCACUCUCGGUAGACCCCCAUCCAGAUCCACUGAUCCAAAGGUGACCCCCAGGGUUGGUAAGGCUCAAAACGGGAAACCCACAGCUGGGAAACAGCCACCAAAGAGGGACAUGAAGAACUUCAAGAAUGUGGACAGCAAACUGGCCAACUUGAUUAUGAAUGAAAUUGUCGACAGUGGAGCAUCUGUUUCCUUUGAAGACAUUGCGGGGCAGAACUUGGCCAAGCAAGCACUCCAAGAGAUUGUUAUUCUCCCUGCCUUAAGACCAGAGCUCUUUACCGGCCUGAGAGCGCCGGCCCGUGGCUUGCUUUUAUUUGGCCCGCCUGGAAAUGGGAAAACCAUGCUGGCCAAAGCAGUCGCUGCAGAGUCAAAUUCAACAUUCUUCAACAUCAGCGCAGCCACUCUGACAUCUAAAUAUGUCGGAGAGGGCGAGAAGAUUGUACGAGCCCUGUUUGCAGUUGCCAGAGAAUUGCAGCCGUCUGUCAUCUUUAUCGAUGAAGUUGACAGCUUGCUCUGUGAAAGGAGGGAGGGAGAACAUGAUGCCUCUCGUCGAUUAAAGACCGAGUUCCUCAUUGAAUUCGAUGGGGUGCAGUCGGGAGGGGAUGACAGGGUGCUCGUAAUGGGGGCGACCAACAGGCCUCAGGAGCUCGAUGAAGCAGUACUGAGGCGCUUUGCAAAGAGGAUUUAUGUGGCACUGCCUGAUGCGGAGACCAGAUUAACACUGCUGAAAAACCUUUUGGAAAAGCACAGGAAUCCAUUGAGCAAAAAUGAGCUGUCCUCUCUCGCAAAAGUGAGUGCAGGGUAUUCAGGAAGUGAUCUUACGUCUUUAGCCAAAGAUGCAGCGCUUGGGCCAAUCAGAGAGUUGGGUCCAGACCAAGUCCGAAGUAUGGCUGCUAGUGAGAUGCGUAACAUCAAGAUGAAGGACUUUGAGGAUUCCCUGAAGCGCAUUAAGCCCAGUGUCAGCUCAGCAACUCUUAAUAUGUAUACCAAAUGGAACACUGAUUUUGGCGACACAACAGCUUUUUAAACUCUGUACUUAAUUUUGUAAAAAAGGAAAAGCAGAAAGUUUAAUGUGUGAUUCUGAGAAAACAUUUCCUGUUUUUUGUGAAGGCUUUGCUGGCAAGUAAACUGUAUUGUUAAUCCUAAACAUUAUCUUGUUACUUGAAAUUGUAUUAUUUAUUCUCAAGAAUGUACUGCAAAAUUAUGAGUGAUCUUUCUCUUGCCUCGAGGGCCGCAAGUUUAUUUUGACCCUGCCUGACAUUACAUUUUACACAUCUAUUAGUUACCUGAUGUUUUGACAUGUUGAUGGUAUCGCUCACCAAACGGUGUCUGUACUUGUGCACAUGCAAGUAUGAUUAUUGGGAAAUAAAAACAAUGUAUCAUAACUGUUUUUUUGUUGUUUGUUUUGUUUUACAACUACUUUUAUUGUAUUUGAAAGUAGAAGACUUAUUGAGCCUCCUACUUCCCUCAUGCAUCAAUAAAUACAAUCCAUAAAAGUUU